AUGCCUAGACCAGGAGUUCUGCGUAAUACGAUAGAUCGAUUAGAUCGACCGAGUUCUUAUACUGCGAAUAAGAACCGACGUCACCGUAAUAACCGUCGCGACGAUGAUGGAGAACGUACACGGUCGCCUGAACCUGAUGAUAAGCUCAAGGAUGCCACAACCCUCUACGUGGGAAAUCUUUCUUUCUACACGACUGAAGAGCAAAUUCACGAGCUAUUUGCCAAGUGUGGGGAGAUCAAACGUUUGGUCAUGGGCCUCGAUCGCUUUACUAAAACCCCAUGCGGUUUCUGCUUUGUCGAAUACUACAAUCAUCAGGAUGCUCUGGACUGUCUGAAAUAUAUUGGAGGAACGAAGUUGGAUGAGCGCAUUAUUCGAACAGAUCUCGACGAAGGCUUUGUCGAAGGAAGACAGUACGGUCGCGGAAAGUCUGGGGGACAGGUCCGAGACGAAUAUCGCGAGGAAUAUGAUCCAGGCCGCGGUGGGUACGGUCGCGCUCUGGCUGAGGACCUGGAUCAGGACCGCGACGUGCGGUGA